GUGCGUUUCCCAAAAUAUCACGAGAGGGCGCUCAACCGUGGGAACUGCAAAAAAAACUACCGCGCAGGGUUUUGAGAAAAGGCAGAAAUUACUCUACAACAGCUAGCUUGGCCUGAUACCUCUACCCCUUGUUGAAGUGUCUCAUUUAAGAGUGAGCAACAAUCACCAUGGAAGUAGCCAGCGGCAGCAUGAUCUUGCAUCCUGACUUGGCCAACGAACUCAGGGGCUUGCUUGAAUCCAGUGGUUUUGAGACAGCCGGUGCCUUCUUGAAACAUCUUUUUGCUUUGGAGGAGCAGCACAGAUCCCGAAAGAGUUUGUCAACAGAGUUGGAAUGGGAUGACGAUUUUAACAUCAAGCAAGCUUUAGGUAUAGUUGCUGCACAGCCACCAAAAACUGCUUCAGUUGGAGUUCAAGCUAAACUGUGCAGUUGCAGCGACAAGGUCAUCGUUAAGACAUUACAUGGAAGAAGUGCCAUCAGGCUGUUUGAUAAGAUUCAGAGAGGGGAUCUCCAAGAUGAAACAUCUGACUCUGAGGGAGUUGAUCAGUCCGACGGUGUCGAUCAGUCUGACUCUGAUUACAGUGAUGGUGAGGAAAUGGAGGAAGAAGUCAAUUACAACAGUAGGAAGAGAAAACAAAAAAGUAAGACUGUCAAAAGAAAACCAAAGCACAAAACUGUUCCUAAGAAGAAAAACCAAAGAAAAGAUGUCGAUCAGUCUGACUCUGACGGUGUCGAUCAGUCUGACUCUCAUUACAGUCCUACUGAGGAGAUGGAGGAAGAAGUCAAUUACAACAGUAGGAAGAGAAAACAAAAAAGUAAGACUGUGAAAGGAAAACCAAAGCGCAAAACUGUUCCUAAGAAGAAAAACCAAAGAAAGGAUGUCGAUCAGUCUGACUCUGACGGUGUUGAUCAGUCUGACUCUGAUGGUGUCGAUCAGUCAGACUCUGAUUACAGUCCUACGGAGGAAGAAGUCAAUUACAACAGUAGGAAGAGAAAACUAAAAAGUAAGACUGUGAAAGGAAAACCAAAGGACAAAACUGUUCCUAAGAAGAAAAAACUAGGGAAGGAUGACCAGGAACCAGCCACUGUGAGCCAGCCAAAGACAAAAAGGAGAAAGCCUGAUGAGGGAACAGAAAGUGUUAGCAAGCCGAAAAAGAAGCCAGAAAAGUCUAAGGACGGAGCAACCCAACCAGAACAAGAUCCCAAUUACACUGAAGAAAUACCCGAUUUAUUUAAAUUCGGAGGCAUGGUGCACAUUGUAAAGAUCAAGGAACGCCCCCUUGUUUGCAAGUAUUGUGGCAAAGCUUACAGAACCCUCACUGGAUUGUUGCGUCAUGUUCGUGGCCAUAAAGGUGAACAGCCCUACAAAUGUACACAGUGUGACAAGGCCUAUGUGGAUAAAAGAUCACUGAUAGAACACGUAUUAAGAUUUCACGAUCACCCUGGCAUUAAGCCCUACAAGUGCCAGAACUGUGAUAAAAGUUUUGUGAAGAAACACACAUUAAGGCUACACAAUAGAGACAAACAUCCGGGCCAUGACAUGUAGAAGCAUUAGUAAAAUUGAAACUGCACAUCAGAAAGACCUGGGCCGAGAACAUAGCAGCAUCUGUACUGCCACAAGUGUUGCAUCGAAAAUUCACAACUUGUCGCUUCAAAAAGACAUAUCAUUAACCAGAGUAGAAUAUAUGCCUCAUGGAAACUUUGGAAUACUCUUAUUUCUGCAUAGUUUUUUUAGGUUCUCCAUUCUUAUUUGUGGAAGAAUGGGAAUUCUUAUUUGUCACCAAAAAAAAA